ACCGUGCGCGUAAAAAGGCAACAGGAUUUUUUUUAAAAGAAGGGGAAGACACAGUGAAUUGCUGCUCUAAGUUAACGGCAAUGUCCAAAGCUCAGACUUCUCAAUUUUUCAUCGUAACUAUCUAAGGUCGACAUACUCCAAUGGUUUUACUUCACGUAGGAUGGGAUUAACUUUGACCGGCAGAUAUAUCUCAUUGUUUCUUGCUGUUCAAAUAGCAUAUCUGCUACAGGCAGUGCGAGCGGCAGGGAAAUGUGAUAAAGUAUUCAAAGGUUUCUCAGACUGCUUGCUUCUUCUCGGAGAAAACAUGGCCAACUAUCCGCAGGAGCUGGACGAAAAGGAAAACCUUCAGAGGAUCUGCUCAUACUGGGACAACUUCCACUCAUGCGCAACAACUGCGCUCGCGGAUUGCCAAGAGGGCGCGACAGAUUUAUGGGAGAAGCUCAAAAAGGAGUCCAGAAGUUUGAAGUUCCAGGGGAGCUUGUUUGAACUUUGUGGAGGAGGGAACGCAGCGACCAAAUCAACGGUUCCUUUCGGCCUCGUCAUACUUCUAUCGGCACUCUCUGCCUUAGUGACAUGGCUUGCAUUUUAGCCCAAGAAAAGAGAAGACGAAAAAAUACAACAUAAAACGAAACAAAAAGAAAAAAAGCAAAUGUGUGCUAUCUAUCACCACGAAAAUACAGAAAAAAAGUAUGACUAUCAACGUUCAUCUACACCCAAAUGGAUUUUUACUUCAUCCGGAGAAGACGACUUGAUUUUGCUAAAGACAAUGGCAAGCCGUCUUCUGGGAAUGUCCCCGCAUAUUUGCCUGAUCUGGGGUUACUGUCAUCAAAUAUUUAGCAGGUGUUGCGUUGAAAUGAUAAAAUUUUGAUGGGCCCUCGUUCGAUUACAGUUGUGGAAUUACACAGUAUUAAAGCUCGCGAUGAAUUAACUACCAUUGUAGGUACCACCAACCUAUUAUGCAGACGGUAAUCAUGCAUAGAAAUACAGAAAAAUAAGUCUAGGCACACACAUCAGAGAAUCUUUCUACUACAGCAGUGUUUCCAUUCGUCAUAUCUUUUGUCUUUUCUCGUUGUUUAAUUUUAAUUUUAUAGUUUUUAGUUUUUAUUUUCCAAAUUUGUAUCGUCAAGCCAAGAAUAUGUGGAUGAGGUCAUAGAGGAAAAGGUGUCUAUAUUUUCUUAAGAUGCUGAUCUACCACCCCAACAUAGAAGCACGA